AUGAUUUCGAAUCGCCUCUGGCCGGUGCUCUGCUGUCUUGGUAUUGCUGCCUGCGCGUCUGCGUCGGCCGUCCCUCUCACAGAGCAGGUUACGGGACAGCAGAUCCUUGGGGACGCUACAGAGGCACAGCCAUCAGGGCAGCUUUCCGGGCGGUUUCUUCAUAUCACAGACUUCCACUUAGAUACACACUACAAACCGGGGACGUCCAUCGAACGAGUAUGCCACCGAGAUAAAGGCGCAGCGGGGCCCCUCGGAGCGCAGGGAACCGAGUGCGACUCUCCAGAGGCCCUGAUAGACGAGACAUUUCGAUGGAUAGAGGACAACCUGAAAGGGAACAUCGAUUUCGUGCUGUGGACCGGCGACUCCGCGCGCCACGACAACGACGAACGGAUUCCUCGGACGGCGAGCGAGAUUAUAGACUUGAACGAGGUCCUGGCGGUCAAGUUUAUCGAUGUUUUUGAAGACAAGCAGACCCCGCGGGGACUUUCCAUCCCGGUCAUCCCGACGAUUGGGAAUAACGAUAUCAUGCCGCAUAAUAUUUUCAAAGAGGGCCCGAAUCGGUGGACAAGAAGGUUUACCGAGGUGUGGGCGACGUUCAUCCCGGAGCACCAGCGACAUACGUUUGAAGAGGGUGGGUGGUUUCUCGCGGAGGUGAUUCCCAACAAGCUUGCGGCCGUCAGCUUGAACACGAUGUACUUUUACGAGUCGAAUUCUGCCGUCGACGGCUGCGCGGCCAAGUCGGAGCCUGGCUACGAACAUAUGGAGUGGCUUCGCAUCCAGCUCGAGCUGCUGCGAGAGCGCAACAUGAAGGCGAUCCUCAUCGGUCACGUACCCCCCGCGCGAGCCGGGACAAAGCGGAACUGGGACGAAAGCUGCUGGCAGAAAUACACCCUGUUCCUAAACCGGUUCCGAGACGUCGUGGUCGGCAGCGUCUACGGGCAUAUGAACAUCGAUCACUUUAUGCUACAGGACAGUCACGACGUUGACAUUCUUGCCGCCGGCGAGAACUCACAGCACGAUCCUGAUUUCCUCGUGCAGUCUCGCUCGACGUACCUGAACAGCCUAAGGGAGAACUGGGCCGAAAUGCCGUCUCCGCCGGCGGAUAUGUCCCUCGAUACCUGGUCAAAUUCUGGACUUGCCGACGCCGCAGGCGGAGCGUUAGGGAAGAAGGAGCGGAGAUUUUUCGACAAAAUCGGCGGUCCCUGGGCAGAACGAUACAGCGUCUCACUCGUAUCUCCAAGCGUGGUACCAAACUACUUUCCCACACUGCGAGUGAUUGAAUACAACACGACCGGCUUAGAAGGCGUGCCCCUCUGGGCCAACUCGCCAUAUUCGGAAGACUCCAUCGAAGCAGCCAUUCUCGACGACGAGUCGGAUGAACUUGACGAGCAACUGCAGAAGAAGAAAAAGGGCAAAAAGGGCAAGAAGGGAAAGAAGAAGAAGCCGCACUUUAAAGUCCCCGAGCAUCCAUCACCAACCGCGCCUCCUGGCCCCGCAUACUCGGACCAGACGAUGACUUGGCUGAGCUACGCUCAGUACUUUGCCAACCUCACGGCGCUCUACGGCGGGACAUCCGAGGUCGACAGCGCAGCAGGUUCGAAUAUCAACCUCUACACCGUCGAAUACGACACGCGCACGGACACGAUCUACAAAUUGAAAGACCUCACCGUGCGCAGCUACUUUAAGCUCGCGAAGCGCAUCGCGAAUCGGAACCCGCGCAAGGACGAUAUCCUGCCACAAGACACAGAGUUUUCCUCCACUCCCAUCGAAGAAUCAAAGGAGACGACUGAAGAAGAAACACAGGCGACCCCUCCCGCCGGCGGAGGAAAGAAGAACCAGAACCAGAAUAAAAAGAAACACAAGAACCGCGUGUGGCGAACAUUCCUCAGUCGAGCCUUUGUGGGCUACUUGUCGGGCGACGAACUCGAUGAAGUUGAGAGUGAGAAUUAG